AUGCAACAACUUUCAAAAAAUGCCCGUAAUUUCAUGAUUGAUAACCUCCUUGGAUUCCAACAAGGGGAUGGUUACAACGCAGAACGCUAUGUUGAAAGAUUAAAUGAUUCAAUGUGGCAUAAUGAAAAGUUCAAUGUCACCAAAACUUAUUCAAAAUUCAUGAUCAAGGAUGUUCCAGCGGAUGCCGAGUCUCUUCUCUCAGGUAUCUUUCAAUUUUGCAUUGACGAGGCCAUGGAACAUGCUAAAGAAAAAAAUGUUGAACCAGAACAAAUAGCCUGCACUUUAACCAGCGACUUUUUGGAUUAUGACAUAUGGGUUCCAUUCAGCGACAUAACAAAUAAUACUGUUGACGCCAUGUUAAAUCGUUGUCAACAUAUAGCACAAAGUAAAAAACAAGACGAUUUAUCAUUGUUUGGUGCACCUUUUACCAUAACAGUAACAACAAUUAACAAAAGUUCAUUUAAAAAACGACGUGUCGGAGGUGCAGCACGUAAAAUUCCAAAAGUUCAACAUCAAAUUAAUAAAGGGUCAUUAAUUAAAUUCAACAACCCUGACAACAUGAAUCAUUGCUUAUUUUUUUCUUUAAUUGCUGCACUUAUUCAAAAUAUUUGCAAUUGGUCACGUAAAAAUUUCUUCAAUUAUAUACAUAAUCUGAAAGGAAUGUAUGGUCGUUUUCAAAAAGACACAUAUGAAAUAAUGAAUCAAGUUGGUGCACAAACAGGAUUGAAAGAAUACGACGCUGAUGAAUGGAUUCCACGUAUUGUCGACCAGUGGAACAACAUUACUUGUAAAAAUCAAUGUAUCGUAAAAGUAUUCUUAUUUGGUGACAAAGGUAAUUAUAAACCCGAAUUUGAAUAUGGUCCGGAAGACUACGACACUCCAAUAAUUAUUUACUUCAACGACAUUGAAAAACAUUUUUAUGCUGUAAAGAAAAAUGGCAGAUUAUUCGGAAAAUAUUACUGUCUUUCAUGCAUGUGUGUCUACGAUAAAGCCCAACACCAUACUAAUACAUGCAAAGCUCGCUGCAAAAACUGCUCUCGUGUCGGACCAGAAUUUCCAUGCCAGCCCGACAACAUUUUUUUCAAAUAUUGUAAUUUAUGCUUCAAAAAUUUUAACAACAACGAUUGCUAUACACAACAUUUAAAAAAUGGUUUCUGUAAUAAUUCCAAAAAAUGCAACAAAUGUGGAGUUAUUUGGAGCAUUAAAGACAACAAUCGUAACGGCCGUAAAGGACAUGUAUGCAACGAAAAAUAUUGUAGCACCUGUAAUGAAUUCCAUGAUUUAAAACGUGGCUGCUAUAUUAAACCAUUGGAACCAAAACCAUUCGAGCCAUAUUUAAUUAUUGCCUUUGAUUUUGAAACAACUCAAUUAUCAGCAAUUCACGAACCAAACUUUAUUGCAGCAAAAGUAUCAUGUCCUGAUUGUAUUUUUAAUGGCAACUGGCAACAAAGUUUAAAAAAUAAUAAUUGCAAAAUUUGUGGAGACAACAGAACAAUUACAUUUUCUCAGCAACCUUUUAUUGAAACAACAGUUGAUAAAAAGAUUAUAUGCAAUUCUCCACUUGUAUCAUUUGUCAACUGGAUAUUAAAUGAUCUGCCCCAACAUAACGACAUAUUUGCUUUUUCACAUUUUGGAGGCAGAUUCGACAUGAUCAUCACCUUAAAAGAAUUAGUUACACAAGGAUUAUGCCCUGAAAUAUUGAAAAAAGGCAACAAAGUUUAUGAAAUGAAGAUGAAGAACAAGAAGAACAGUAUCAUCUUCCGCGACACCUUCAAUUUAAUGCCAAUGUCGCUUGCUUCACUUGUGCCAUCGUUUGAUCUAAAAGUAGAAGACAAACCAUUUUUCCCUCACAUGGUCAAUCGUCCUGAAAACUACGGCAAAGUAAUAUAUCCAUCAAAAAAGGACUACCUCGCCGAUGGAAUGAUGCCUGAAAAAAGAAAAAUAUUUGAUCUUUGGUACGAACAACAUAAAGAUACACCCUUCCUCCUUGAUGAAGCUUUGGCCAGCUAUUGUACAAAUGAUGUUGAAAUUUUAAUGGCAGCACUUAUUGCAUUUCGACAAGAAUUUUUUGAGGUGACGAAACGCAAUAAUGGAGAAAGGGCAGCAUCAAAUAAACCACAUGGAGGAAUUGAUGUAUUACAUGACUCAAUGACUAUUGCCUCGGCCUGCAUGCGUCAUUUCAGAACAAACCACCUCAAAGAACAACAUUUGGCACUUGUACCCGAACGCGGCUAUGACAAAGUUGAUGGAAAUCAAAGCCUUCUCGCCCUCCGAUUUUUCAAAUGGUACUCUGAAAAAUUUGGUGUGACCGUCCAAAAUGUCAACUCCGACGGUGGCGAGAAAAGAAUUGGAAAAUACCAACUUGAUGGAUGGGUUGUUGAGAAGAAUUAUGGAAUAGAAGUUAAUGGCUGUGUCUGGCAUGGAUGCCCCAAAUGCUUUCCAAAUGAUUAUGAGUUGAUGCCAAACGGAAAAACAGCUGGCUAUUUGAGAGAACAUGACAAAAAUAGAAUGGAAUUUAUACUUUCACAAAUUGCCCGUGUUGAUGUUUAUUGGGAGUGUGAAAUUCGUCAAAUGUUGGCAAAAGAUCGGGAAAUGAGGCAAUUGUUUUACAGUUAUAUUGAUGAUGGGCCAAUUGAUAUUAGAAGCUGUUUCUAUGGAGGAAGAACUGGACCACUAAAACUCCAUCACAAAGUCAAAGAUGGAGAACGGAUAUCCUAUUAUGACGUAACAUCAUUAUAUCCGUUCAUAAAUGUAACAACAGCUUAUCCAGUGGGGCAUCCAAAAGUUCACAUCAUCAAUAAAAAUGUAAAUUGGACAAAAGCUACUGACAACACUUACAAACUGGCAAUUUUGAAAGUCUUUGUAAUUCCUCCAAGAAAAACUGAUGUUCCUGUUCUACCCAUGAAAUUAGAAAAUGAUGCCCGUCUGCUUUUUCCUCUGUGUGCAAAAUGCGCAAAAAUGUAUCCUGAAGGUGGCGUUAUAGAAAAUUACCGUUGCACACACAAAGAUAAUGAACGAGGAUGGGUAUCAACUUGCACAUCAAUUGAAUUAAAUGUUGCUUUAGAAGAGGGGUACACCGUAACAAAACUCUUCCGUGUACUCGAUUACAACAAAUCAGACUCUGAACUGUUCCAACCUUAUAUCUCAGAAUUCAUGGCAGAAAAAAUACAUUCAUCAGGAUUUGACAGCAAUAUUAAAAACAACACUGAAGCAGAAGACAAGUUUAUUAAAGAAUGUAGUGAAAAAUUUGGAAUUAAAAUUGAAAGAAGUAAAAUGAACCCCAACAAAGGACGGAGAACGCAAGCCAAACUUAUGUUAAAUAAUCUUUGGGGGCGAUUUUCACUACGCAACUUUGGUCUUUCGCAAUGUAUAAUAACUGAUGAUCCAGAACAAUUCCAGAAAUUUAAAAACGAUCAAUCAAUUGAAAUAGCAAGUAUAGAUCAAUUAUUACCAGGAAUAUUAUUGAUUGCAUAUACGAAGAAAAAAGAGUGGAUCGAAGAACAUGAGUGCUCUAACAUUGUUAUUUCACUCUGGACAACAUCCGCCGCAAGAAUCCACCUUCUUCGUGCAAUGCAACAAGUUGUCCGUACUGCAGGAUGUACUUUACUUUAUACGGACACUGACUCCCUAAUUUUCACACAUCCUGAAGGAGUCAACCCUCUGAAUCUUGGACCUCAUCUUGGGCAAUUUACCGAUGAGCAUCCAAAACAUGAUAUUAUUGAAUAUGUUUCUGGUGGAGCAAACCAAUAUGGAUUUAAAAUGAAGAAGAAAAAUAAUCAACAAGCUGAACAUGAUUAUAUUUUAAAAGUAAGAGGAAUGACUUUAAAUUAUGAUGUCAUCAACAAUCAAGGAUUAUGUUAUGAAACUUUUAAACAACAGGUCAUCAAAUAUGCAACUACAGGAGUGAAUCAACCAAUUAAAAUUUCGUACCCCUCAUAUAUAUCCCCCUCAAUCAAAAAUUUAAAUGUCUCCACCCAAUCACGUCAGAAAAUUUCUAGACCAUUCAUCGGCAAAGGAAUUGUAAAACCCUCCGAUUUCUCUGUAUUAAAUUUUGGUCAUAUUUAA